UUCCCGAUCAAACUAGUUUUAGUGAUCAGAAUUAGAAACAAAGAAAGCUUAGGUUUCCAUAUCUGAGAUAGCUACAGGGGAGUUGUAGUCAUGGAUGAAGAAAACCUCAUGAUGAGUAGUUGGGGUACUACUGGUAUUUGCAAUCAAGAAGAAGAAUGGAGAAGAGGUCCUUGGACUGCUGAAGAAGAUAAGUUACUUAUUGAGUAUGUUAGUUUGCAUGGUGAAGGAAGAUGGAACUCUGUUGCUAAAUUUGCAGGAUUGAGGAGAAAUGGGAAGAGUUGUAGGUUGAGAUGGGUGAAUUAUUUGAGACCUGAUCUCAAGAGAGGUAGAAUUACCCCACAAGAAGAGAACAUCAUUAUAGAACUCCAUGCAAGGUGGGGAAACAGGUGGUCGACAAUUGCCCAGAGUUUACCGGGCAGAACUGAUAAUGAGAUAAAGAAUUACUGGAGGACUCAUUUCAAAACAAAGGGGAAAAAGUCCUCUGAAAAUCCUGAAAAGUCGAAAAAACGGCUUUUAAGAAAACAACAGUUCCAGUAUGAGCAGCAGCAACUACAACAAAAGAACCAUAUGGACUUGAAAAGAAUCAUGUCAGUACUUGAAGACAAUGAUAAUACAGUGUCAUGUAAUCUUGCUACGUACCCUAAUUAUAACAACAUUAAUAACUUUGCUGAUCAAUAUGUGUUAUCGGACAAUAGUUCAGCGAAUGCUGUCCAGGUGGAUGUACCGGGGGGGUCCACGGGUGAUAAUACCUGGAGCGGAUUAUGGAAUUUGGAUGAUCUCCAUGCCAGCUUGGAUGCCUUAUGUGCGAGCAGCACUCCUUAUUGAAUAGGGAAUCGUUUACUUGUUCAUUACUCGAGAAGUUUCGAGAUUAUCGAUAUAGUAAUAUUCAAGAGUUUUAUUUUAAUUGCCGAGUCCAUUGUGUAUCCCUAAUUUGUGGUGUCAUUAUGAUUUUUUCACUUGUAGCUUUUAGCAAAUAUGAAUACUCAAAACAUUAAUAACUGAACUUU